AAUGAACAAAAAGUCUAAACAGGCCAACGCGGUCUUUCUUCUUCCCCUGCGCUAUUCGACAGUGCGCACGUUAGCCACAAUCUACCACAUUCUCUCUGUAACGGCCACUACUCUCACUUUUUCCACUUUUUGAACUUCAACACUACAGCCGUAUUUUUUAAGGUUCCGAUUCCGAUGCAAUGAGUCUCCGCCCCCGUCAUACACCGCCACGGGCCGCUACUCCUCCCCGCGAGGAAGAACCCUACAAUAUCAUCCCCGUCCACAACCUCCUAGCCGACCACCCAUCUCUCCGUUUCCCCGAGGUACGUGCCGCCGUCGCUGCACUCCGUGCCGUCGGCAAUCUCCGGCGUCCUCCGUUCGGCCAAUGGCGGCCUCACAUGGACUUGCUUGACUGGCUGGCUAUCUUCUUUGGAUUCCAGAAGGAUAACGUCCGUAACCAGCGUGAGCACCUGGUCCUCCACCUCGCCAAUGCUCAGAUGCGACUCACUCCACCGCCGGACAACAUCGACACUCUUGACGCCACCGUACUCCGCCGUUUCCGCAAGAAGCUUCUCAAGAAUUACAGCUCGUGGUGCUCCUACCUUGGCAAGAAGUCAAACAUCUGGAUCUCAGAUAACCGCCGCGUCGGAGAUCCCGACCUCCGGCGAGAGCUUCUUUUCGUGUCACUGUACCUCCUCAUAUGGGGAGAGGCUGCGAAUCUGCGUUUUGUUCCGGAGUGCAUCUGCUACAUCUUCCACAACAUGGCUGGUGAGUUGAACAGAAUCUUAGAGGAUUACAUCGACGAGAACACGGGGCAGCCAGUGAUGCCUUCGAUUUCCGGUGAGAACGCGUUUUUGAACUUUGUUGUGAAACCUAUUUAUGAAACAAUUAGGUGUGAGGUUGAUAAUAGUAGAAAUGGAACUGCUCCUCAUAGUGCUUGGAGGAAUUAUGAUGAUAUCAAUGAGUAUUUUUGGAGUAGGAGAUGUUUUGAGAAGCUUAAAUGGCCUCCUGAUGUUGGUAGCAACUUUUUUGUUACUGUUGGUAAGGGGAAGCAUGUUGGUAAAACUGGGUUUGUGGAGCAGAGGUCGUUUUGGAAUCUGUUUAGGAGCUUUGAUAGGCUUUGGAUUAUGUUGGUGUUGUUUCUUCAGGCUGCUAUAAUUGUAGCUUGGGAGGAAAAGACUUAUCCUUGGCAGGCUUUGGAGGAUCGAACUGUGCAGGUUAGGGUUUUGACCAUUUUAUUCACUUGGAGUGGUAUGAGGUUUUUGCAGUCUCUGCUUGAUGUGGGGAUGCAGUACAGGUUGGUAUCCAGGGAGACAAAGAUGCUUGGAGUGAGGAUGGUGCUGAAAUGUAUUGUUGCUGCUGCGUGGAUUGUUGUGUUUGGAGUGUUUUACGGGAGGAUUUGGACCCAGAGAAACCAUGAUAAAAAGUGGUCAAAGCAGGCUAAUGAUCGGGUAGUGAAUUUUCUGGAGGUUGUGUUUGUUUUCAUCAUUCCAGAGCUUCUGGCUAUAGCCCUUUUUAUACUUCCUUGGAUUAGAAAUUUUGUGGAGAAUACAAAUUGGAGGAUCUUUUACAUGUUAUCGUGGUGGUUUCAGAGCAGAAGCUUUGUUGGUCGUGGUUUGAGAGAAGGCCUUGUAGACAACAUUAAGUAUUCAUUUUUCUGGGUUUUGGUGCUGGCCACAAAAUUUUGCUUCAGUUACUUUUUGCAGAUCAAACCCAUGAUUGCUCCAACAAAGGCAGUGUUGGACCUCAAGAAUGUUGAGUAUGAAUGGCAUCAGUUUUUCCAUGACAGUAAUCGAUUUGCUGCUGGGUUAUUGUGGGUUCCAGUCCUUUUGAUUUAUCUCAUGGAUAUACAGAUUUGGUAUUCGAUAUAUUCAUCUUUUGCUGGGGCGGUUGUGGGGUUGUUUGCACACCUGGGUGAAAUUCGAAAUAUGCAGCAACUGAAGUUGAGGUUCCAGUUUUUUGCUAGUGCAAUUCAGUUUAAUCUCAUGCCAGAAGAGCAGCUGUUGAAUGCAACAGGAACAUUGAAGAGCAAGUUUAAGGAUGCCAUCCACAGGUUGAAGCUGAGGUAUGGGCUUGGUCGGCCCUAUAGGAAGCUUGAGUCUAACCAGGUUGAGGCCAACAAGUUUGCUUUGAUCUGGAACGAGAUAAUUCUGUCUUUUAGGGAAGAGGAUAUUAUCUCUGACAAAGAAGUUGAGCUGCUGGAAUUGCCACAGAACUCUUGGAAUGUCCGGGUUAUCCGCUGGCCAUGUUUUCUUCUCUGCAACGAGUUACUGCUGGCACUCAGUCAGGCCAAAGAACUAGUUAAUGAUACCGAUAAGAGGCUCUAUAACAAGAUAUGCAAGAGUGAGUACAGACGUUGUGCUGUCAUUGAAGCAUAUGAUAGUGUCAAGCACUUGCUUUCUGUGAUUAUCAAAGCCAAUAGCGAAGAGCAUUCUAUUGUGACUGUUCUGUUUCAGGAAAUUGAUCACUCUCUUGAGAUCGAGAAAUUCACUAAAACGUUCACAACAACUGCACUGCCUCAGCUUCACAGCAAGUUGAUAAAACUCGUUGAUUUAUUGAACAAGCCUGUCAAAGAUCCUAAUCAAGUGGUUAAUACCCUCCAGGCCCUUUAUGAGAUUGCUAUCAGAGACCUUUUCAAGGAUCGAAGAGAUCCUAAGCAGCUAGAGGAUGAUGGCUUGGCUCCACGUAAUCCAGCUUCAGGUCUUCUGUUCGAGAAUGCUGUUCAGUUGCCAGACACUAGCAACGAGAACUUCUAUCGCCAGGUUCGGCGCUUGCACACAAUUCUUACCUCCAGGGAUUCAAUGCAAAACAUCCCAAUAAAUCUCGAGGCUAGACGGAGGAUUGCUUUCUUCAGCAACUCACUUUUUAUGAAUAUGCCCCAUGCUCCCCAAGUUGAGAAAAUGAUGUCGUUCAGUGUUCUAACACCUUACUAUAGUGAAGAAGUGAUAUACAGCAAAGAACAGCUCAGAACUGAGAAUGAAGAUGGGGUUUCAAUCCUGUACUAUUUGCAGACUAUUUAUGAUGAUGAGUGGAAGAAUUUUGUGGAGAGGAUGCGCCGGGAGGGGAUGAUUAAAGACAGUGAUAUGUGGACUGAUAAACUUAGAGAUUUGAGGCUGUGGGCUUCCUACAGAGGCCAGACAUUAUCACGGACAGUUAGAGGAAUGAUGUACUACUAUCGGGCCCUCAAGAUGUUGGCAUUUCUGGAUUCUGCGUCAGAAAUGGAUAUCCGAGAAGGCUCCCGCGAACUUGUUUCAAUGAGGCAAGAUAAUUUAGGCAGCUUCAACUCUGAAAGCUUACCUUCCUCUAAGAAUCUAAGUAGAGCAAGCAGUUCAGUAAGUUUGUUAUUCAAAGGCCACGAGUAUGGAACGGCUUUAAUGAAAUUCACAUAUGUGGUUGCUUGCCAGAUAUAUGGAACUCAGAAGGAAAAGAAGGAUCCUCAUGCUGAAGAAAUUUUGUAUCUAAUGAAAAACAACGAGGCCCUUCGUGUUGCUUAUGUUGAUGAGAAAACUACUGGAAGGGAUGAGAAGGAGUAUUACUCUGUUCUUGUUAAGUAUGAUCAACAGUUGGAGAAGGAGGUGGAAAUUUACAGAGUAAAAUUGCCAGGUCCCUUGAAGCUUGGGGAAGGAAAGCCAGAAAAUCAAAAUCACGCCAUCAUCUUCACUCGUGGUGAUGCUGUGCAAACUAUUGAUAUGAACCAAGACAACUACUUUGAGGAGGCACUUAAAAUGCGAAAUCUAUUGGAAGAAUACAGGCAUUACUAUGGCAUCCGGAAGCCGACUAUUUUGGGAGUUAGAGAACACAUUUUUACCGGUUCUGUUUCCUCUCUUGCUUGGUUCAUGUCAGCUCAAGAAACAAGUUUUGUCACCUUAGGACAGAGGGUUUUGGCAAAUCCUUUGAAAGUUAGAAUGCAUUACGGUCAUCCAGACGUGUUUGACAGGUUUUGGUUCUUAACUCGAGGUGGUAUCAGUAAAGCUUCCAGAGUGAUCAACAUAAGUGAGGACAUUUUUGCUGGGUUCAAUUGUACUCUUCGCGGAGGUAAUGUCACUCACCAUGAAUAUGUUCAGGUUGGAAAGGGAAGGGAUGUUGGAUUGAAUCAAGUAUCAAUGUUUGAAGCGAAGGUUGCCAGUGGAAAUGGGGAGCAAAUCCUAAGUAGAGAUGUGUACAGGUUGGGUCACAGGCUGGAUUUUUUCAGGAUGCUGUCGUUCUUCUACACUACUGUGGGGUUCUUCUUCAAUACAAUGAUGGUGGUUCUGACUGUAUAUGCUUUUUUAUGGGGGCGACUAUAUCUUGCCCUUAGUGGUAUUGAGAAUGCAAUGGAAAGUAACAGCGAUAACAACAAAGCACUUGGUACCAUCUUAAAUCAGCAGUUUGUCAUCCAACUUGGACUUUUCACUGCCCUUCCAAUGAUUGUAGAGAAUUCCCUUGAGCAUGGGUUCCUUCAAGCUAUCUGGGAUUUCUUGACUAUGCAGCUCCAGCUUUCAUCAGUUUUCUACACCUUCUCCAUGGGCACUCGCAGUCAUUUUUUUGGCCGGACUAUUCUGCAUGGCGGAGCAAAAUAUCGAGCCACCGGUCGUGGUUUCGUUGUAGAACACAAGAGUUUUGCCGAAAUUUACAGGCUCUUUUCCCGUAGCCAUUUUGUGAAAGCAAUUGAAUUGGGGCUAAUACUUGUAAUUUAUGCAACACACAGUCCUGUAGCAACUGACACAUUUGUUUAUAUUGCCCUGACCAUUACUAGUUGGUUCUUAGUUGCAUCAUGGGUGGUGGCACCAUUUAUGUUCAAUCCCUCGGGCUUUGAUUGGUUAAAAACUGUCUAUGAUUUUGAUGACUUUAUGAACUGGAUUUGGUACAGUGGAAGCGUGUUUGCUAAAGCUGAACAGAGCUGGGAAAGGUGGUGGUACGAAGAGCAGGAUCAUCUAAAGGUAACUGGCCUUUGGGGAAAGCUUUUGGAAAUAAUCUUAGACCUUCGGUUCUUCUUUUUCCAGUAUGGAAUUGUCUACCAACUUGGAAUUUCUGCUGGAAAUAGCAGUAUUGCUGUUUACUUGCUAUCGUGGAUUUACGUUGUUGUCGUAUCUGGGAUUUAUGCGGUGGUUGUCUAUGCCCGGAACAAAUAUUCGGCGAAAGAGCAUAUCUAUUACCGGCUUGUCCAGUUCCUUGUCAUAAUUGUUGCAAUACUCGUGAUAGUUGCUUUGCUGGAAUUUACAGAAUUCAAAUUCGUGGAUAUUCUUACUAGCUUGUUGGCAUUCCUUCCCACGGGAUGGGGCCUGAUAUUGAUUGCCCAAGUAUUCCGGCCAUUUUUGCAGUCUACUAUCAUUUGGAAUGGUGUUGUUGCAGUGUCUCGUCUGUAUGAUAUAUUGUUUGGAGUCAUUGUUAUGACCCCUGUUGCAUUACUAUCAUGGUUGCCAGGGUUUCAAAAUAUGCAAACUAGAAUUCUUUUCAAUGAAGCAUUCAGCAGGGGCCUCCGCAUAUCCCAGAUUGUUACGGGGAAAAAAUCCCAAAGUUGACAAUGACUCAAGCAGGGUUGGAGUCAAUGGAGUGCCUUUUACAUCACGUGGUUUAUGGAGCUAGACUUGAGACAUCUGAAUGUGAAUUGACAUUGGAAAUAUAUGCAGGGAGAGGCUAUAGAAUACGAGAGGCCAAUACUUGCUUUAUUUUCCCUGAUUUUCCUCUGGUUCUUGUCGUGAGUAUAUUUUGUCUUUAUUUGGUGGAGGAGGAGAAUAUUAUUUUCUGUUUUCCUUUGAUGGCCGUUGUAAUUAGUUAAUUGUCCUGUUUAAAAAUGAUUUUGGUAGCUGGUAGCUGAUCUUUUGUUUAUAUGUGUCGCAUCCCUGGCACAAUACGGCAAAUUGAUCCAUAGAGUUAGUAAUAUGAUUCAGAUUUGUUAUUAUGUUUCCAUAGUCUGAGAAUUUUUACAAGAAAUAGUAUGAUAGAUUCGUCUGCUAGUUUUUCUGGCAGUAUUGCUUA